AUGUCAGCUUCCCUGCAAGAACUCCUGGUUACUGGCUCUCCUGAUGGUUGCAUUACUGCCUAUGAUGCUUCUACAGGUUUCAGAGCAGCUCAAUUCAAAGGAAGCCGAACUCCCCGAAAAGGGCUAACUCUCAUUGCCAAAAGAUUCAUUGCAGCUUCUCAUGUUUGCCCGGAAACCGGCAAUGGCUACAUUCACCUCUACAACUGGUGGUCCUCCACUCCUUUCUACAAAUUCCCCAUGCCUGAACCGGUUGCGCCGCUUCUCCCCACCCCAGACGGCUCGUAUCUCCUCGCCGGCGGCGUUUCGGGUCAAAUUCACUCUGUUUCAAUCCCAUCCGGAGAUGUCAUUCUCUCAGUUGCAGCUCACUCCAAGCCUAUCACAUGCUUGGAAAUGAAUGAUGAUGGAUCGCUCAUUUUCUCGGGCAGUGAUGAUGGGAUCAUUUCUGUAUUUGCUCUGCACCAGCUUUUAGAUUAUUCCCUUUCUUGCCAGAAUCCAGUGCAUUUAUCAGCGCUGCAGACAUUUAUUGGCCAUGAAUCGUCGAUUACUGCCAUCGCAACAGGCAGUAAUUGCGCCAUAGUUUCGUCUUCUUUGGAUUGUACUUGCAAAUUCUGGAGCCUAAUGAAGAAGACUCCUCUGAUAUCCAUUACAUUUCCAUGUACGAUAUGGGAUCUGAAGAUGGAUCCUCUAGAAUCAUUAUUCUACGGCGUGGGAUCCGAUGGUUUUGUUUACAGCGGCAAAUUACAAGUCACAUCAAGAAACAGGGCGAAACAGGGAAUUGAAAUUGUCCCGUGGAGUUGUGAAAAACAGGACAAACCAUUAACAUCAAUGGCAACAAUAUUCAGGGGAGAUUACGUUGUUACUGCCUCUGAAGAUGGGAACAUUUGUUUCUGGGACGCCAGAAACGGAGAACUGAUCAAGUUUCUCGAUCGAAAACAAACGGGAAGUAUCAGUCAUUUGGUGGUAUUGACAGGACUGGAUGGACAUGAAAAUGUCAGAGCAGCUGCACAUUUGGGUAGGAGGAUUGACAGGAAUGUGGGUGGUUUUCAUAGAUGGGAUUUGAAGGGGAAAAUGGAAAGUUUUGAGGUUAUGGAGCAGAAAAUGGAACUGGAAAAGGAGUUGGCUGUUGCAGUAAUGGAGAGGAAAAGGUCGAUUGAUACUCUGGAAUUGGCAUUAGGCGGGUACGAGAAACUCUUGAAGCUUAUUCUCAGGGAAGUUAGGGCGGCCGGAGCAACGUCGACCAGUGGAGUGAUAGAAGAUGAAAACAUUAAGACGAACCAAAUGCAAUGAUUCUUCUGGCCAGAAAAACCAGCCAAUUAUUACAUCAAUCAUGGUUGCUGAAUAAUGUUUAGUUACAUUACAAAUGCCGAUUACUCAGGCUAUCAUUUUGGGACGGAGA